AUGUACUUUUUUGGGCGUUUCUCUUUUUUAGCCAUUGCCGUCCUCUCUGGAGCGUAUUCCGUGUAUGCAAUCACAAAGUAUCGUGCCGCGUGUUGCGUGUCUCGUGCUCGACUUGUUAUCCCUCGCGCUGUGUCGCUAUUUUAUGCCUCUCUCAGAAAAAAUGAUUCUGCGAGGGAUUUUCACCAACACCAACACCGCGAUGACGAUGAUCACACGGCGAAGGAUACCGCCAAGCCUUUGGCGGCGCAGCCAGGAGUGGCACGGGCUUCUUCCUCUGCAGGGAAUUGGUCAGGUGCGACUGAAACCUCAACUCCAUCCGUCUCCUGCCCUGUUGUAUUCGUAGAUAAUACCAACUUUGAAGCAAAUGUGCGUGCGGUGGUUUCACUCUUGCUAAAAAACAAUAAACAGGUGCGAUUGUCUACCAAAGGCGUGCGGUGUCCGGAGUUGCUGGAGCGUGCGGCAGCGUUGAUGGAGAAAUAUGCUGUCCCAUGCCCAGAAUAUGAUAUUAUUUCCCCUGGAAGGCCAUUUGUUUCUGGUCUGCUUACAUCCACCGCUGCAGAGACACUUCUGUGGGCACGGCGUGGGACUUUUUCCUCCUUGUUGCUAGGACAACCAAUCUUGGAUGCGCUGAGUGCCGAUCGCUACGUUGAGGCUAUGACUCUCAAUUUCUCUUCAAAGGUACGUUGUCUGGUGGUGGUAGAUGCGGUGGAACAGUUGGAAUUACUCUGGAAUGCCGCCAAGGCGUGGAUUUCGGAUCGUGGGUACACCCGAUUGGGCUUUGACAAUGCAGUGGAGUCACUGCACUUUGAAUUGAUGGUCCGUAUUGAUUUCUCGGGUGACUCUUUGAAGAAAUGUUUUUGGCGCAGCGAGGAACCACAAACACUUUGUAGUCCUCGUCAAGUGACGCAAUUCUGCGGCAAAGUAGGGGAAUUUAAUGCGAAACUAUCGAAGGAGAAGUUGCCGGUUGGGGUUCAAUUUGUUAUUCGAGGGUUGUGGACAUAUGAAAAUGGGCAACUGUCACAAAUGGAUAUUGCCCCUAACGUUUUACCCAACGCCAUUGGAUGUACUCCAGCACGGUGGUUUUUACGGUACCCACUCUUGCAGUGGUACAAGCAGUAUGUAUCAAGGAAUCUUCAAAUGCGCUGUAUGUCGAUUCUUCAACGAUUAGGGUACAAGAAAAAGGUGUCACCCGAAGAUCUUCUGACGAGUGGUGGAAGCAGUGUGUCACUGGUAUAUUCUGCACAGGAUAGCACUCUUGCUGAGGUAUGUAUGGGUGCGGGAUUGUUGUGUGGACAUCAACUGGAUUGCUACGUUGAUUCUCCCUUUAAGCCAUCAUUGUAUUUUGCAUUGUCUGUGACACGAGUGGCACCACAUCGAAUAGUCAUUUGCAGUGGAUUUGGGCAUAAUCUUUCGGGUGCCAUCCCAGUCUACCCACCACAGCUGCAAUCCAUAAACAGUCAUGGUGCAGACAUUGAUGAUGAUCUUGAGGUGGGCGUGAUGGUGUUAGAUGGCACACCAGAGGAACGUCUUAUUAGCAUUGGAGAUCCCAUUGUGUUUCGUCCCGAGUACAGCAGUGUGCUGGCUGAGCUUGUUGACUCUUUCCUUCUCAUUACGGAAGAAGGUGAAGUUUCAGCAGUGAUGCACACUUACAGAGGAGAAGGAUGGAAUAUAUGGGCAUAA